AACAAAAAGAAGAGACAAUAAUUUUCUUCUCUUUGACAGGAACAACAUACACACUCACAAACACAAAUCACACCGUUCAUUCAUAAAAAAAAAAGAACCAAAUAAAAGAAAAACAAAUCUGAUUAAUAUUCAACAAGAUAAAGAUAAUUUAAUUUUAUAAAAAAAGGAAAAUUAAUAUGAAAGGUUGUAGUGAAAUUGUAAGAGUCAAGAGGAACUGUUUUGAAAUUGAUUUAUUUUUUUGGAUUUUCGAUUGGGAUUUUUAUAAUUAAUAUUCUUUUCUUUUAUUCUUCUUCAUCGAUCUUUCUUUUCAAUUUUCCUAGCACUCUUUCUUUUUUUCUUCGUUUAUUGUUUGUUCCUAUUAUUCAUUCAUUUUUUCAAUUUUCGUUAUCGAAUUUCUUGUGCUUUUCCGUUGCUUGAUUGUCACGGAAAAUUUGAUUCAAGAGAGAGAAAGAGAAUAAAUAUACAAAAUCACGAAAUUGAUUCUAUUGGCAAACCCUAUUUUUUGCUUUUUCUUCUUCUGUUUAGGGUUCUUGCGAUUUCUAGGUUUUGUGAAGCAAAGUUUCGAUCUUUCAUCGAUUUUCUUCAAUGGAAGGUGAAGGUAGUUCGGAGGGAGAGAGUGAUCGGAAAAGGGGUGGUGCAGAUGAUGGCAAAAUUGCGGUUUCAACUGAGGGGCAGAGUAAGCCUAAACGACAGAUGAAGACACCGUUUCAGCUUGAAACCCUAGAAAAAGCUUAUGCUUUGGAUAAUUACCCUUCAGAGCCGGUGAGGAUAGAUUUGUCUGAGAAAUUGGGGUUGACGGAUCGGCAGUUGCAGAUGUGGUUCUGUCAUAGGAGGUUGAAGGAUAAGAAGGAGUCUGCUCCCAAGAAGGUGGUGCCGCCACGGAAGCCGGUGGUUCAGCCUUUGCCGGAUUCCCCGGUGGAUGAUCAUAGGAUGGGGUUUGAGCAUGGUAAUGAGUAUGACUCAGGGUCGGGUUCAGGUUCGAGUCCGGGGUUGGAGCCACGGAAUGCAAUGGCACUGAGUGUUGGUUAUUAUGAGUCCCCACAUGAUGAAAUGGAGCUUAAAGCAAUUGCUUGUGUGGAGGAUCAGUUAGGUGAACCAUUGAGGGAGGAUGCACCCAUUAUAGGAGUUGAGUUUGAUCCAUUGCCACCGGAUGCAUUUGGGGCACUAAUAGCAGUUACAGAACGCCAGAAGCGACCUCGUCUUGCAUACGACGGUAAAAUAUAUGGAAGACAUGAUGUUAAAACAGACAAAGCUAAGGCAAGGACAUUCCAUGAAUAUCUACCAAGCAAGUCUGGCAUUAGGUCUGAUGCUUUUGGACAAUUCAGCCAAUCUCAUGUACACGUUCCAAUGCAGGGUCCAUCCAAAACCCCUCCGAUUGUGCCUAGAAAUCAUGCCGCCCAGGGUCAUUCUUCUCGUGUUCCUAUUUUGUCUCAACAAGGAAAGCAAGGAAGUCCCUACCAAUCGCCUCCUCGAGAAUUAGCCACAAACAUAGUGAGUGCUGGAAUGAACUCCCACCUCAUCGAGCCAGAAAAUCCCUAUGCUUCACCUAGUGGACAAAUUUUGCAAAACAAUGCAAUGCAUAUAGAGAGGAAACGAAAGGGUGAUGAUGCCAAAAUUACCAGGGAUGUUGAAGGCCAUGAGCUCGAAAAACACGAUAGCACUAGACGAAAGAAUGAGGAGCGAGUGAGGAAAGAAAUGGAGAGACAAGAUCGUGAAAGAAGAAAGGAAGAAGAGAGAUUGAUGCGUGAGAGACAGCGUGAAGAGGAAAGAUCAAAACGAGAGGAAAAACGUGAAAUUGAACGAAGGGAAAAGUAUCUGCUGAAAGAAAAUAUAAAAGCUGAGAGAAUAAGGCAAAAAGAAGAGCUACGGAAGGAGAAAGAGGAAGAGAGAAGAAAAGCUGCCCUUGAGAAGGCAACUGCCCGUAAAAUAGCUAAGGAAUCCCUGGAACUUAUUGAGGAUGAACAGCUGGAAAUGAUGGAGUUAGCUGCCUCGAGCAAGGGGCUUUCCUCUAUUAUCCGUCUUGAUUUUGAUACUUUGCAAAAUAUUGAAUCAUUUAGGGAUUCAUUGUGUCUUUUCCCACCUGAGAGUGUAAAACUAAGAAAACCAUUUGCUAUCCAACCAUGGAUCAACUCCGAAGAUAAUGUUGGAAACCUUCUCAUGGUUUGGAGGUUUUUGAUUACCUUUGCUGAUGUUCUGGAGUUAUGGCCUUUUACACUUGAUGAGUUUGUGCAAGCAUUUCACGAUUAUGAUUCAAGAUUGUUGGGUGAGAUACAUGUCGCUCUCCUUAAGGUGAUAAUAAAAGACAUUGAAGAUGUCGCAAGAACACCUUGUACCGGAUUAGGAAUGAAUCAGAAUGGUGCUGCUAAUUCUGGAGGUGGCCAUCCAGAGAUUGUGGAAGGGGCAUAUGCAUGGGGCUUUGACAUACGAAAUUGGCAUAAGCACUUAAAUCAAUUGACAUGGCCAGAAAUUUUCCGACAACUAGCUUUGUCUGCAGGAUAUGGACCACAGUUUAAGAAAAGAAGUAUUACAUCUUCACGUGCCAAUAGUAAAGAUGAGGGAAGAAGUUCUGAAGAUAUCAUUUCUACACUUCGAAAUGGUUCAGCAGCUCAAAACGCCUUGACAAAAAUGCAGGAGAGAGGUCUAUUAGGACCUCGAAGAUCUAGGCAUCGGUUAACUCCUGGAACAGUUAAAUUUGCAGCAUAUCAUGUUCUCUCACUAGAGGAUGGCAAGGGAUUGAAUGUAAUAGAGCUCGCCGAAAAAAUUCAGAAAUCUGGUCUUCGGGACCUGUCAACCAGCAAGACACCUGAGGCAUCAAUUUCUGUUGCUUUGACAAGAGAUGCCAAGCUUUUUGAAAGAGUAGCCCCAUCAACUUAUUGUGUACGUGCUGCAUUUAGGAAGGAUCCUGCUGAUGCUGAGUCCAUUCUUUCUGAAGCAAGAAAGAAAAUUCAGAUCUUUGAAAAUGGGUUUCUAGCUGAGGAAGAUGCUGAAGAUGUUGAAAGAGAAGAGUCAGAAAGUGAAGUUGACGAGGAUCCUGAAGUUGAUGAUUUGGUUAAUCCUUCAACUGUUAAUAAAACAUCUGAACCGUGUAAUGAUUUCUCCUCAAGUGGAAAAGAAAAUCUAGGUCAUGAUGGAGAACUUAAAGAUGGGUUCGAUAAGGAUCUGCCUGGUUUUCCUGACAAUGGUUCCAAGAAUGCUGAUUGUCCAAGUGGACAACCUGUUGCUUGUGAAAGUCUAAUUGCCAGAAAUCUAGGUGAAGAUAAUAUAGAAGUUGAUGAAAGUAAGUCUGGAGAAUCAUGGAUUCAAGGGCUCACUGAAGGAGAAUAUUCUGAUCUCAGUGUAGAGGAGCGAUUAAAUGCUCUUGUUGUAUUGGUCGGUUUGGCAAAUGAAGGAAAUUUGAUCCGCGUUGUUCUCGAGGAUCGUUUGGAGGCAGCAAAUGCUCUGAAGAAGCAAAUGUUGGCAGAAGCACAGAUAGAUAAAAUUCGCCUGAAAGAUGAUAAUGUUAAUAAGUCAGAUUUUCCUUCUAUCAAUGGUAUCAGGGUUGAAACACCGAUUACAUGUGCUGCUGCGGAGGGCAACCAAAGCCCAUUGCUUGAUAUUAAUAUUUGCAAUAAUAAUAAUGAGGAAUCUCCCAGCAAAGCAGAAAAUAAAAGACUUGCUGUUGUUGGACAAAGCCUAUCUGAAAAGCUCCCGUCAGUUCAAGAUCUCUGCAUAGGUCCUGAUAAUCCUCAGACUCCGUUAUCUGCACAAUAUUCAAAACGGUCACGGUCUCAGUUAAAAUCUUUUAUUUCUCACUUAGCAGAGGAGAUGUACAUCUAUAGAUCCUUACCUCUUGGGCAAGAUCGCAGACAUAAUCGAUAUUGGCAAUUUGUUGCAUCUGCUUCUUGCAAUGACCCUGGCUCGGGCAGGAUCUUUGUUGAAUAUCAUGAUGGCAAAUGGAGGCUUAUUGAUUCUGAAGAGGCCUUUGAUGCACUUCUGAAUUCACUGGAUUCUCGUGGGAUCAGGGAGUCACAUUUGCGUCUAAUGUUGCUAAAGAUUGAGAAUAUAUUUAAGGAAAAUGUUCAAAAGAAUGCAAAAUGUGCCAAAAUUGGAAACACAGAUGAAAUCUGUGUUAAAAAUGAAGCAGAGGAAACAGAUUCCAGUCCUGAUCACCAUACUAGAUCCGACAGUCCUAGCAGUACUCUUUGUGGUUUGAGCUCUGACACUUCAGAAACUUCGGCAUCUUUCACAAUUGAGCUUGGAAAAAGUGAGAGCGACAAGAAAGCUUCCUUGAGAAGGUAUCAAGAUUUUCAAAAAUGGAUGUGGAAAGAAUGCUAUAACCCAUCAAUAUUAUGUGCAAUGAAAUAUGGGAAAAAAAGAUGCAAACCUCAGGUUGACAUAUGUGAUAUCUGUCUCAACCUUUAUUGCUUGGAAGACUCCCAUUGCAGUUAUUGCCACCUUACUUUUCCGUCAAAUGAUGGAUUUGAUUUUUCUAAACAUGUAAUUCAAUGUGGAGACAAGUCAUCCAAAGAUAUUAGUAUUUUUGAAUCUCCUCUUCCAUUACGGACAAGAUUGCUUAAGGCCCUGCUGGCUUUUAUUGAGGUAUCUGUUCCACCUGAAGCAUUUCAAUCAGUUUGGACAGAAGAUAUUAGGAGGCUUUGGGGUGUGAAAUUGAGCAGAUCAUCUUCUGCUGAGGAACUUCUACAGAUGUUGACUCUAUUUGAGAGAGCACUAAAGCGAGACUUUUUAUCAUCACCCUUCUCUACAACUGGGGAUUUGUUGGGAAUGAAUGCCAUGUCGGAGAGUGCUGCACAUACUUCUAUGGAUCUUGAAUCAGUUACUGUUCUUCCAUGGGUUCCGCGGACCACUUCAGCUGUGUCUCUCAGACUUUUUGAGCUCGACACAUCCAUCACCUACUUACAACUAGAGAAACCCGAGCCUUGUGAGGAGAAAGAAGCUAGAUUCAUAAAGCUUCCUUCAAGAUAUGCUUCUGUCAAAUCAACAAAAGUGGUUGAGCCAGUAGAUUUGGACCAUGAUGAAUUUAUGAAAGUGAAAUCCGCCCCUUUGAAAAUUGUGCAAAGCAGCAAAAAACGUCGGCGACUGAAUCAGGAUAAAGGAAGGGAUAAAAAGCUUUCUAAAAGAACGAGUCAUUCCAAACGAGAUAAUGGCCACCACAAUUUUGAAGUCACUGAGAAUCUAAGUCAAAGAAUAAAACAGCAGGGACAAGGAUCUCAAGGACAAACAGGUGGACGUGGCCCCCGAACUAUUAGGAAAAGGAGAGAGGAGAAGAGGGCUGUUGAAGAUUUGUCGCUGGGCCAUAAGGCUGCCAAUAAUAGCUCCAAUAUUGGUAGAGAACAAUCGAGAAUCUUGGAUGAGGACUGGGAUGAUGAGAAGGCAAGUCCCAUGAGACCCAUCCAGAUGGAAGCUGCUGACAUGAGUAGCAGCAGUGAAGAGAUUGAAUAUGAUGACAAUGCCCAGGCAGUGGAAUCUGAUGACAAUGUCGAAGCAGUUGAGUACGGUCAAGGAAACUGGGAGAUAGGUUUUAAUGGUACCCCAAACAGAUGGAAUAGGGAUUUGGUUGGAAUGAGUGAAGAAGAAGACGUGGAAGCUUCUGAAGAUGACAAUGACAAUGGCAUUGAAGGGAAUGAAGAGGAAGAGGAGGGUUCUGAGGCAGAUGUUAUGAGCCAGGGUUCGGAUCGUAUGGCAAAUAGAGUUGUAAAAGAAGAAAGUUUGGACUCGAGUGACUCCGAAGAUUCUUUUGAUUAGAAAAACGUUACAAUUGAGCAACUAGAAGGGAUUUCAUUUCAAGGCUGCAUCACUUUUUUUCCACAUUGCAGCUUUAUAAGGUAAGAUGCUUGUGUAGUUGUGCUCCAAGUCAUUUCAUAGCUCCAAAGGUUUUAUAGAUUAGCAGAAUUAUAGUGUAUAUUAUCCAUGCAGAAUGGAUUUUUGUACUUCUAGGCAUUUUCAAGCGGAGGUAUAAGCCUAAUUUUUCUUCUUCUCUUGUAAUAGAUAUUCUCAUUAUUGAUUAAUAAAAUCGUUUAAUGGAUAUUAUUCAUAUAAA